AUGUCGUUUUCUUCCGGGUCUGAAAGUGUUCGUAAUUGUGCUUCUUUGGAUAGAAAUAGUCAUUCACGUGGACUGAAGGGUACCGAGUAUCGGCAAAACUAUGUGUCUAGUUGCCCAUUCACUGAAGUGCACUUCCAGAGUGGGCCUAAACACAAUUUCGGCUCUCUGAAUGCUCAGAGAUCAACCACACUGAAAUCGGUGGCCCCCGGUAAUGGUGAUUGGGUUAUUACCGAUUCGGGCAUCUGUUUCGGUGAUUGGGAUUCCUCAACAGAGGGCAAUAUGGCAUCCGUCUCCGUUUCUCCGGCACACAUAGUACGAAGACCACAAGCAGUUUUUAAAAGCACACAUCUCAGUGAGAAACAAUACAAACAGAGUCCUAGAAGUGAUCGUGGUUUACGGAAAACAACCGAUUUGAAUUCGGAAGAAAACACUCGGGCUCAUAAACCCGUCCGAUCGAGACCAGUGUUUCGAAGCCAUUCGUUUAAUCCACGAGAUACAGUGGCGGGUUGGAAUCGAAUGACUGAUUCUCCGCCUCCAGUACCACCGCGUACCAGAAGAAGUCGACGUGCAGCUUCCAGUCGGCACCGAUGGCCUUCAGAUUCUGAUAUUAUGCUGAAUAAUUAUUCCAAAACACGCGAAAUUCCAUCAACCAAUCCCAUGACCUCUAGUCAAACGGCAACUAUACGCAUUCGUGGUGAUCCCCAAAUUCCGGAAUGGCAUCAGGAUCCGCAAGCGCUUCAGGCACAUGCCAAUACUCUUCCCCAAACUCAGGAACAGCCUGGAUUUGCAAACAGUGCUCAACCGACCGGUGAGUCAGCCGAAUUUUCCAAAUGGGACGGUGCCCUUCGGACGAAUGGACCGACUCGAAGUCCACAGGCUACACGUCCUUCCUACACGAGAACAUUUCACGGAGGUCUGACACAAGAAAGCCCCAAAAAUUAUCAACGGUUGAGCAACGUGACCUCCGUGGUUCCGCUUUCCGGAUUAUCCCCAUUCAGCGGUGGAUUUUCUCGAGAUUCAGUCGGUUUACCCGGUCGCGAGUCUAUCCGACACCAACAACCCGGUUUUCCGUCAUCCGGUGAAAGUGUGAUUAGUCGCCGAUCGACUUUUAACGGGGCCACACUAUCGUUUCAUCACAUUCGGUACGAGGUGAAAACGAAGAAGAUGCCCUGGAGUCGUGCGGUAACCAAAACUGUAUUGGACGACGUUAGUGGCAUUUUACGACCGGGGGUAAACGCCAUUAUGGGUCCUACUGGCAGUGGAAAAUCCUCUUUAUUGGAUGUCUUGGCCGGUCGAAAGGAUCCGCGAUUUCUUUCCGGCCAAGUGCUUGUAGACGGUGCACCACAGCCGAAAAAUUUUAAAUGUAUAUCCGGUUACGUAGUUCAGGAUGACAUUGUUAUGGGAACGUUGACUGUGCGAGAAAAUUUGCACUUUUCGGCCGCACUGCGAAUGACUGUGAAAUGUUCCAAAGCGGAGAGAGAUCAAAAAGUGAACGAAAUUAUCGAUGAGCUCGGGUUGACCGCAGUCGCAGACAGUAAAGUACGUUGA